CUCCUCGCAGAGCCUGCAAACCACCGACGCGGGACUGGAGCCUAGAGCGCCCCCUGCCUCCGAGGGCGUCCGCUCUAGGGGCGCUCUUUCCCGGUGGUCUCCGGCGUCCUCGCGCGGCUUCCAGUCCUCCUCGGGCUCGGCUGAGGCGGCCGCGGCGAUUCCUUGGGUGGGGGAGCGGGACUAUCCAGAGCCAUCCGCCAACAUGGUGAACUUCACGGUCGACCAGAUCCGAGCGAUCAUGGACAAGAAGUCCAAUAUCAGGAACAUGUCCGUGAUCGCUCACGUUGACCACGGGAAGUCGACUCUCACAGACUCAUUGGUGUGUAAAGCGGGCAUCAUAGCUUCAGCCCGAGCAGGCGAGACGCGAUUUACCGACACGCGGAAAGACGAGCAGGAAAGAUGCAUCACCAUCAAGUCUACGGCCAUUUCUCUGUACUACGAACUCUCAGAAAACGACUUAGCCUUCAUCAAGCAGUCCAAAGAUGGUGCCGGCUUCCUCAUUAAUUUGAUCGACUCCCCCGGGCACGUGGAUUUCUCCUCAGAAGUCACGGCUGCUCUUCGUGUCACAGACGGCGCCCUUGUAGUGGUCGACUGUGUUUCGGGGGUUUGCGUGCAGACGGAGACCGUCCUCCGCCAGGCGAUCGCCGAGCGUAUCAAGCCGGUGCUGAUGAUGAACAAGAUGGAUCGGGCCCUGCUGGAGCUGCAGCUGGAGCCGGAAGAGCUCUACCAGACCUUCCAGCGCAUCGUGGAAAACGUCAACGUGAUCAUUUCCACUUACGGAGAGGGUGAAACUGGACCCAUGGGUAAUAUUAUGAUUGAUCCAGUCAUCGGCACCGUCGGCUUCGGCUCCGGCCUGCACGGCUGGGCUUUCACCCUGAAGCAGUUUGCUGAGAUGUACGUGGCCAAAUUUGCUGCCAAAGGAGAGAAGGUGCAGCUCUCGGCGGCCGAAAGGGCGAAGAAAGUAGAAGACAUGAUGAAGAAGCUGUGGGGGGACAAGUAUUUCGACCCGGCGGCUGGGAAAUUCAGCAAGUCCGCAAACACUCCCGAUGGAAAGAAGUUGCCACGGACCUUCUGCCAACUCAUCCUGGACCCCAUUUUUAAGGUCUUUGAUGCCAUUAUGAACUUCAAGAAGGAGGAGGCCUCCAAGCUGAUAGAGAAACUGGACAUCAAGCUGGACGUGGAAGACCGAGAAAAAGAAGGGAAGCCGCUUCUUAAGGCCGUCAUGCGUCGCUGGCUUCCCGCUGGAGACGCUUUACUUCAGAUGAUCACCAUCCACCUGCCUUCCCCAGUUACGGCACAGAAAUACCGCUGUGAACUUCUGUACGAGGGGCCUCCCGACGACGAGGCCGCCAUGGGCGUUAAGAACUGCGACCCCAAGGGCCCUCUGAUGAUGUACAUCUCCAAAAUGGUGCCCACGUCCGACAAAGGCCGUUUCUACGCCUUCGGGCGAGUCUUCUCCGGCAUCGUCUCCACCGGCCAGAAGGUGCGCAUCAUGGGCCCAAACUACACCCCAGGAAAGAAGGAAGAUCUCUACCUGAAGCCCAUUCAGAGAACCAUUUUGAUGAUGGGUCGUUAUGUUGAGCCCAUUGAGGAUGUCCCUUGUGGCAACAUUGUUGGCCUAGUUGGUGUUGACCAGUUUUUGGUGAAGACGGGCACCAUUACCACCUUUGAACACGCCCACAACAUGAGAGUGAUGAAAUUUAGUGUUAGCCCCGUGGUGCGUGUGGCAGUGGAAGCCAAAAACCCCGCCGACCUACCCAAGCUAGUGGAAGGUCUAAAGCGUCUCGCCAAGUCUGACCCUAUGGUCCAGUGCAUCAUUGAGGAAUCCGGUGAGCACAUCAUCGCCGGGGCUGGCGAGCUGCAUCUAGAAAUCUGCCUCAAGGACCUGGAAGAGGACCACGCCUGUAUCCCCAUCAAGAAAUCCGACCCGGUCGUAUCUUACCGAGAGACGGUGUGCGAAGAGUCGGUCCAGAUGUGCUUGUCCAAAUCCCCCAACAAGCAUAACCGGCUGUACAUGAAAGCCCGCCCGUUCCCUGACGGGUUGGCGGAAGACAUCGACAAAGGAGACGUCAGCUCCCGCCAAGAGCUGAAGCAGCGGGCUCGGUACCUGGCGGAGAAGUACGAAUGGGACGUGUCCGAAGCCCGGAAGAUCUGGUGCUUUGGCCCCGAUGGGACAGGCCCCAAUAUUUUGGUGGACAUCACAAAGGGUGUCCAGUACCUCAACGAAAUCAAAGACAGCGUGGUGGCUGGAUUUCAGUGGGCGACGAAAGAGGGUGUUCUUUGUGAGGAAAACAUGCGGGGGGUUCGAUUCGACAUCCAUGAUGUUACCCUCCACGCCGACGCCAUCCAUCGUGGUGGGGGGCAGAUCAUCCCCACGGCAAGGAGGGUCCUGUAUGCCUCGGCCCUCACUGCCCAGCCCCGACUAAUGGAGCCCAUCUACCUUGUAGAGAUUCAG